AUGUCCCUCCCAAGAGUAGGGCCCGUAGCGGCCAAUCUGCGAACCAUACUCGUCAAGGUGUCGCCAUCACCGGUGACGCUUUCAGAGCGGCGUGCUGUGCUCGGGGCGUUGAAGAAGUACGCCGAAGUCGAGGUCUUCAAGAAGCUGCAGGAACCAUCUCACUUCGUCUCCAUCGUCGCCCAGCCACAAAUGGCCGACAACCUCAUCGCGAACUCCCCCCUCCAAUUCGACGUCGCCGCCCAACCCCAGAACCAACACAACAAACCCCUCCUCACCACCACGCCACGGGGCAGCCAGCCCACACCCCAACACCCCCCCCCGAAACCACCAAGACCUUCCUCGUCCGAAAUCCGGUCCAAACCCGACUACCAACCACAAAACCCACAUCCGCGAAUCCCUAGUCUACGGCCCGGUGGCCAGAACAGGGGCCAAUUACAAGCCCAAACCCAAGCCCAAACCCCCAACCCCGACCCCGACCAAGCGCUCUUCCUCCGCGGGACUCUCUCGCGCGCGCCGCGGCUGGGCCGAACGCCUUACCGCCCCGGCUUGGACCCGCCUGGGGCUGGGCGGACUGGGAAGGAAGGCGGGCCAGGCUUGGCGAGGGACGAUGGGGUCGCGGACGGCGGGAGUAGGGCUCGGCCUGGAGCCUCUGGUCACGUCUGGCAUGCGCCACGGCUGAUCCUCACACUGUCGAUUUCAUCAACGGUCUGCCGAGUCCACCGCGGCCGUCGGCGUGGUGGUUUACGCAAACAGCCCGCUGCUUAUUUUAUUCCCGAGCUGUCUGCGUGGACGUCCAACUACCACGGCUUCUGCCCUAUUGGACGGACUGGGCGAGAACCGUGGCUGUGCUUGGCUCUGCAGAUAUGUGCAGUCAUGCACGUGUUUGAAGCUGAAGAUCGAUCUCCAACCAGGGGCAACCGUCCGAACGAUGGCAUGGAUGGUUAUUCUCGAAUCACACAUAUCCUGGGCCUGGUGGAGUUUUUCCCAGCAGCGGAACCUUCAAUACAAAAAGGCAGAACUGAGGAUCGGAAUCCUCCCCUCCAAUUGGAUCGGAUGUCGAGACUUGGAUUAUGGGCGGUGACGGGGCUGCGACAGCAUGUGCGGUGGCUGAACAGCCGAAUCCCACGUUGGAAACAGGGCACGGCUGAGCGCCGCGAGUACCCCUGCUUCGGCAUGCCAAGUCCCUGA